UGUUUGUUGUCGCGCGCGUUUUGCAUCGAGUAUUGCAAUAUUCUGCAGAAAAUGUGAAAUAAAUAAAGAAUUUAAGAAAUUAAUCUAAAUUUGUAUAAAAGUGUUUAAAAACUAUCUCAAACCAUGACGGACCGUCGUAAAGAUAUGUGGAAACUGUUGUACAGUUUAGUAAAUCGCAAUGAAACAGAGCUAAAUGAUGUCUUUGUUUUUGUCGAUGAUAUCUUGUGCAAGGAACCCAGUUUGAUACGAUAUUCGGUGAAGGAGAGCACUAAUCGUUUCCAAGACACUUUCAUUUUAUGGCUGGUCAAUAAAUUGGUAAAGUCUUUAAAAGUGGAAAGUGAUCAGGAUUAUGAAAUUCACGAAAAGAAUUUAAAAGUUCAGCGUAAAUUAUUAAAUUCCUGCCUCAUAAAUCGUGGCGUGCUCUUCGAAACCUUAAUAAAAGCCUACAUUUCAGCCAUUGAACAAUUAUGUGAAGAAUAUUCUAAAGUGGACCUCUCCUGUCAAGAGGAAGUUGAAAGUCAGCUGCUUAAAAUCACAGCAUUCACAUCGUCCGAUGAUUGUUUAAAAGAAAUUGAUCCAAAUUUUAGUUUUCCUCUCAUCGAGGUUGACAUAGAUGAUGUGGACGAUUAUGUGCAGGCCUUAUUACAAGUGUUGCAUCAUGGUCUAUUUGUGGGUUAUACCAAUUACUCGCUAACCUUUGAAGGAUCCUUAAUGACAGUUCUUAAAGCUUUGAAAGAAUGUGAAUUUUCUACAAAACUCUAUUGCUUACAAUAUUUGGGUAGAGUCUUUCAAAAGGUGCCCGUGCUUAACAACAACCUACAGCAUCUGUAUGAACUAAGCCUAAGAGCCUUAACAAUGAUGUGGAAUUAUAUGCCCAUAUGGUUAAAUAAUAAUUGUUUUGCUUUGGAUUCUAUAGAUGAGUUUGUUGAAGAAUCAAGCAGUUUUUUGAAAAUUUUAAAGAAUCUACAACAUCAGGUGGAGCAAAAGGAGAUACUCAUACGUCACUGUUUCCUAUUAAUGGAGUAUAUGUUUGAAAUUCAUCAAUGGCUACGUUAUCGCACCGGUCAAAAUACCCAAAAUUUAUUGGAAGUCUUUAAAACUUCAGUCGAAUUAUUAUUUCAAUUGAUUAAUUCUUCAACUAUUGUCAAGGAUCAGCAAGGAAAGUUUUUCAAUCUUUUUUGGCGUGUUGUAGAGGAUUAUCCCCUUGUUUUGCGUCUCUUGCCCGCUUAUUUGCAUAACAAUAAAGAAAAAACUAAACUUGAUAAAUAUUUUAAGUUUAUUGAAGUAAAAGUAUUGGAAUUUAUAAAAUUGGAAAAGUGGAAUAAAUCACAAUUUGAAGUAGUCCAUGAAUGCUUAAAUAGUUUAAAACUAUGGGAACAUAUUUAUCAGCAUCAACAGCAAUUAAUGGAAGCAAAAAGUGUCUCCACCGUAAACGAGAUAACACUACAAAACAAACUACCGAGUAAUUGUAUAAAAAUAGAAAAAUGGAUCAAACCUUUGGACUUAUGGUGCACAAAACUUAAUCAUUCCAGCCGUGUGUCACCCAAUGAAAUGGAUGAAAUAAUAAUUUCUGCAUUUCUACUACAAUCCAAUAUCAUAGUUACUCAGUUGCCCUCUCAAAUACAAGCUAAAUUAAUAGAAAUUGUUUUAAAACCUAUAAAAAAUUUAAGUCCCAUGAAAAUACUUCAAAAUGAUUCAACCAGUUUGGAGCUUAGUUUGGAAAUGUUAACUUUAAUAAAUAAUUUAAAAAGCGAAAAUGCCAACAGCAAUAUCAAACAAUCUUUAAAGUCUGCAGGCAAACAAAUAUUUUCGUCUAACAAGGAACAAGAUAAUUUGAUAUUAAAAUAUUCUUCCUGUCUAAACAAGCAAUGGAUAACUAUGGAGUAUAUAAUGAAAGAAUUUCUGGUAGCAAAUCUUAAAAAUAAAGAAGUCUAUACCAAUUUGCUAAAGUUAUUAAGCUGUUUCAAUGCUGAAACAAAAGAAAUAAUGGUAAUAAAGAAAUUUCCCUUUUCUGCGAAUAUUUGUGCAGUAAAUUGUACAAAAUUGUUGGAAUCAGAGGUUUUAUGUUUAAAUUGCUUCAAUGCAUCUUUACUGCAAUCUUCACAAAAUUUAAAGGAGUUUUUGGAAAAUAAAAUCAAUGUUCUAUGUGUAAGCAAAAUGGUUUCCUCUACGCUAUCAACUAAUCAAAAAUUACCCGCUGAUAUGAAAUUAUUACUUAUACAACAACUAUUUUUAAACAAAGAACUACAUCUCUUAAACAAUCAUCUUACCUAUUGCAACAUCACAUCAGAUGAAUGCCUUAAAUCUAUAUUUUCACUCACGGAUAUGACCAAAAUCUAUUUGCCUACAGUAUCCUCAGUUUUGGCAAAUUUCAUACGAAUUGAACCCGAUUUCAUUCAUCAACUUUCCGCUGCUGUUUUACAAAAAGUUGUCGAAUCCUUAAAUACCGAUCAAACUUAUCAGCAUCAAAAAAUUAUUUUGGAAAUUAUUGGUUGCUGUACCCAAAGUGGUUUACUUACAGAACAUUGGCUUUUUCAUUUCUUUAAAAUGACUUUCUUUUAUCUGCUGCAUCCUGAGUCGAAGGUAGUACAUGAGGCCAUUUUAACGGGUUGUGAAAUGUGUAGUGCUUAUAAUGUUCAACCCAUUCAGCUGUGGAAUUGGUAUAAACGUGAUGCUUUAAAUUUAAUAGUAAAGCUUAUGAUUUAUGUUUAUCUUACAAAGGGAGUACGAAUGACCAGAUCUCUAAAGGCGUUUACCAAAAUGCUGGGCUUUUCUUGUGUCCAAGAAUUCAUUUGUAAAUACUAUCGUCUAUUAGUAACUAUGAUUUUACCCUAUUGUGUUAAGGCUCCCUUGUGCAAAGGACUCAUUGUCAGUAUAUCGAAAAUAACCCGAAAACCGGUAACCAAUUUAUUUGUGGUUUCCUUUCUUCGCAUUUACACACACAUUUAUUUAACUGAAGACGCAGAGAUUGGUAAUGCCUGUAUUGAGUUUAUAGGCAAAUGUACUGGGGCCAGUUUAAGCAAGCUAAUGAAUACUGAUGUAAAGCAAACAGUUUCGGAAUUUCUGGUUUACUUUAAUCGCAGUCCCACCUUUGUUAUGCAAGCUUUUCAAUGUCUACUACCCAAUGAGGUAGGCGCCAGCACAUCAAUGGCUAUGAAGAAAUCUGUUAAAAGUCCCACCCAUGAAUUUGCCAGUUUUAUUACUGAUCGUUUUCUGGGUGUUAUAACUUAUUUCCAAACUUGUUUGGCCGAACCAAACUUUGAAAAACCUUUAAAAGAAGAAACUCUUUAUAGUCUGGGACAAAUCAUGCGUUUAAUUGGUUCUAGCAAUGUCACGCAAUUUCGUUUCAAAAUUAUAGCCAUGUUAAGUUUUGUUCUCACGCUUAAUGAUCGUAAUUUACAAAACAUUUGUUUGAAAAUUUGGAAUAUUUUCUUGCAUAUUGUUAAUACUCAAGAACUGGGUCCUUCACUAAGUCGUAUAGUGGCUUCAUUGCAGCCUUUAAUGUCUACAAAUGCCCAGGAGGUUAAUGAUAUCUAUGAUUAUCUAAUAAUGAAAAACGAUAGUCUAUUGGGUGUUUAUAUACCAGAUCUGUAUUUCUUGGAAGACAUGCCAGAAGUCAAGCCAAAUAUAAGGCAAUAUGUAGCACGCCAAACUGAGAUUUUAAAUAUAGAACGUAAUGGUGUGGCUGACAAAUUGGGUUUCCUCUAUAAACAAGUAUGCAAUGAAAAUCUUCAGGUGCGUAUUUAUGGCUUAAAUUACAUGAGAUCCUUCAUAGCCAAAUAUCGCAGUGAAAUAAAUAAUAUGAUAUUGGAUACGGUACCAGUAGACCCCCUAAUCGAACAAAUUGUAGAUGAACUUAUGAAAGGCUGUAGGCAUGAUGAUCGUAAUAUGAAUUUGGCUUCAGCUAAAUGUUUAGGCGAAUUGGGUGCCAUAGAUCCCAGUUAUAUGUCUGCAAAUUUUUCCUUUAUGAAUUCGGCUGAAAUCUCUUUAAGUAUACAUACCGAUGAUUUUGCCAUAAUGGCUUUAAUGGAACUGUGUAAGGCGUAUCAGUUUCAAAAGGAUACAAAAUAUGUAGACAACUUUUCAUUGGCUAUACAAGAAACCCUAUCGGUGUUUGGUGUGUCACCUAAAGAAAAUAAAAAACUAAAUGUUUGGGAUGCUCUGCCUACUAGAAUGCAACAAGUAAUGGAACCAUUACUCAAUUCCUGUUAUACCGGCUCGAGAAGAGAAAGUAAAUUAACUGAACAUCCCUUGUUUGAAAGUAGUCUUUGUCGCAGCUAUGAGGACUGGUCAUUUGCUUGGGCUUGUCGUCUAAUAGAAAUGGUACAAUCAGAUGAAACAAAACAUUUAUUAAAUUCCUACAAACCCAGCAUUAAAAGAGACACCAAUAUGUUGGGCAUAUUUUUCCCCUACAUACUGCUACACGCCCUCCAAGAAUGUCCUCAAGACAAAGUACAACAAAUCUAUGAAGAAUUUAUGGCCGUUUUCAACUUUUGUAGUCGUGAUCAUUCCACUCAACAAGAAAUGGAAGUUUCCGGCUAUAGAGAAUUUAAAUCUUCUAAAUAUGCUGCCGACAAAAUGCCCUCGGAAUCUAGCAAUUCAGAACAAUUUGAAACUUCCGAAACUUUAACUCAAACGUGCACAAAACUCUGUUCAGAGCAAGUGGAUUUCUUGCAAAGAUGGUGUAGAGAAUGGCAAAAAGUCAAUAUGGUGGGUGGUAAACUCACCCAAACCGAUAAUCGUUUUAAGAAUAUUUAUGAUUUUCUUAAGAAAUUCAAUAAAGCUUUAAUAUCAAAAGCCAACUACAAUUCGGGUGAAUAUGCCAGAGCUUUAAUGUAUUUAGAGGAAUAUAUUGAAGAACAACCCUCGGUACGAUUGCAAGAACAAUUAUCAUUUCUUAUUGAAAUACAUGGUAAAUUAAUGGAUUCGGACUCGGUGGAGGGAGCUGUUUAUAUGAAGAAAUCUAAUUUAUCUUUGGAAGAAGAGAUAUUAGUUAAUCGUUUGAUUGAUAAACCCGAAGAGACUAUAACCUGUUAUGAGCAAUUGUUGUCAAAAGAUGAUCAUCAAAUAAAUCAGGAUCAUAUUAAAGGAAUGAUUGAUUGCUAUCUGCGUAUGGAUAAUCCUGAAACCGCCCUACUUAUCACCGAUGGCCUUUGGCAAAAACUGGCCGAUCAAUAUACCGAUGAUUACUUCAAAGAAUGUAAAUCCGAAUUGUUGUGGCGUUUAGGCCGUUACGAUGAACUACAAGAGUUAUUAGAGGAUUCUGUGGUUAAGCGUAAAACUACCAAUUGGAAUAUACAAUGUGCUGAAUCCUUUUUACUUUUCCGUCAACCAAACGAUAAACAACUGCAGACAUUUGAAAAUUUCCUAGAACAACUGGAUGUUAUACGUUCCAAUGUCGUUAGCUCUAUGAGAUCAUGUUCUGUGGUAACAGGCAAUUCUUAUACACAUUCCUAUGAUGAAGUCAUACGUUUACAUUUGUUAAAUGAAUUGGAAAAUAAUAAACAAUUAAUCAAUGAAAUAACAAAAUAUACAACCGUUAAUAAUACGGAUAGACAAGAUGCUAAGAAUACUGAGCUAUGCCUUAAAGAAGUGCAAGAAUUCUUUAACAAUUGGGAUGCUCGUUUGGAAGUGUUACAGCCUAUAGCUCGUGUUUUAGAGCCAGUAUUUUGUUUCCGUCGCAAUUUGCUUCUGGAAACGCAAAGAAUUAUGCAACAAGAUUUGUCUUGUGCCAAUAAUCUCAUACAAAAAGUUAAUGAUAAAAUUAAUGAUUAUUUGGUGAAAUUAUGGUUGCGUACCAUACACAUGAAUCGUGAGGCUGGCUGCUUGCAGCAAGCUCAGAUUUCCAUAAUGAAAGCAGAACAAUAUCAACCGGUUACCCUAUUUUUGGAAAAAGCCAAACUUCUGUGGCAGAAAGGCAAUCAAAGUAAUUGCUUUAAGUUGUUGGAGGAAAACAUUAAGGUACUUGAAAAUAAAUGUGAAGGUGAUAUACGUAAACUGGACACCGCCAGUCGUCAUCUUUAUGCGGAAACGAAAUUUCUACAAGCUUCCUACAAUGCCGAAUCCAUGAAUAUUUGCUCUGAAUUGAAUUUACGUUACUUUAAAGAAGCUGUUGCCGGCAACCGUACCAGUGAGAAAUAUUUGGUGCAUUAUUCUCAAUAUAUGGAAAAAAUUUAUGACUCUUUUACCCGAGAACAAAAGGAAUCGGAAAAUGGCUGUCGUCUGCUAUUGGAUAUAAUGCUACACUAUGCUAAAUCCUUAAAAUAUGGCUAUGCCAAUGUGUAUCAGUCUUUGCCUCGUUUGCUUAGUAUAUGGCUAGAUUUCACUUCACAAUUGGUAUCAAUGACCGACUCCAAUCAAACUUCAGACUCUAGUCAAGCCGUUAAGAUAAGUUUAUUCCAAGAGUUGGCCAAGAAAAUGAAUGAUAUGAUAAAUAAUUGUGUUAACAUGUUGCCCACUAGUAUAUUUUAUACCGCCUUUUCACAAUUACUCUCACGCAUUUGUCAUCCUUCACCAGAUGUUUUUAAUAAUUUAAGAAACAUUUUCAUUAAACUUAUCGAACAUUUCCCACAACAAUCAUUAUGGAUGUUAUUGCCCAUAUUUAAGUCCUGUCACAAUUCACGCAUUAAACGUUGCCGUCUCAUCUUUACCGAUGCUCGUCUCAAUAAACCCGCCUUCCAAAAGCUACUCAACGAUUUUAAUAUGUUGGCUGAACGUUUAAUUGAACUCACCGACAAAGAAGUUACCUUUGAUCGUACUUAUGAAUUGAGUGGUUUAGUACGUCAACUUCCUAGACUUUUUGAGGAUAGUAAUUUUUCAAAAAUAAUGUUGCCCUUCGAAAAAUUUAUGCAACCUUCAUUUCCCAUAACUUCAACAGCAGAGUCUCUAAAUUUAAAUACGUCUAUAUCACCGGAUACCACAGUUAACGCUUCUUCAGUGCCCAGUAAUCCUUUUCCCAGUUGCUGUGUUUAUUUGUGUGGCAUAAGCGAAGAGGUGGUAGUUUUAAGAUCUGCUGCUAAACCUAAGAAAAUCACCAUUGAAUGUAGUGAUGGUAUCUCGUACAAUGUUAUGGUCAAGCCCAAAGAUGAUCUGCGCAAAGAUUUCCGUUUAAUGGAAUUUAAUGGUUUGGUUAAGCGGUUUCUUCAUCAGGAUUCAAAGGCUCGUCAUCGUCGCUUACGCAUACGCACCUACGCUGCCAUACCCUUCAAUGAAGAAUGUGGUCUGGUUGAAUGGUUACCCAAUCUUAAUUCCUUUAGAGGCAUCUGUGUUUCCAUGUAUCGUAUGCGUGGUUUGGGCAUACCAGAUCGAGCACUACGACAAUGUGCUCUACCAAAAACAGAUCCCAUGGAAAAGAAAAGAGCCAUGUUCACAAACGUCUUACUGACACGUCAUCCACCCAUCUUUCAUGAAUGGUUUAAACAACGCUUUCCCUCGCCUCACAGUUGGUAUCAAGCUAGAAGUUCUUAUGUUAAAACUAUAGCGGUAAUGUCAAUGGUCGGUUAUAUAUUGGGUUUGGGUGAUCGUCAUGGUGAAAACAUACUCUUCGACGAAACGAAUGGUGAUGCAGUACAUGUUGACUUUAAUUGCCUCUUCAAUCAAGGUGAAUCAUUUGCUUAUCCAGAAAUUGUACCUUUUCGUUUAACGCGCAAUAUGGUAUUCGCUAUGGGACCUUUGGGUGUGGAAGGUCUAUUUCGUAAAUGUUGUGAAAUCACUUUACGUUUGUUAAAGGAUGAGUCGAAAACCUUAAUGUCUGUACUUCGACCAUUUGUUUACGACUUGGGUGCUAUAAAUCGUUUGAAGGGAAAAACACAUUCAGGUUUGGAAAUAACCGAUCCUAAAGCCAUUACAGAUGUUAAACGUAUAGAAGAAAGGUUACAGGGUUACGUCAAACGUACUCUGGGUAAUAGUAUGCCUUUGUCUACCGAAGGCCAAGUUAAUUUCCUUAUAAACGAAGCUACAGAUAUUGAUAAUCUAGCUUCCAUGUAUAUAGGCUGGGGUUCCUAUAUAUAACGGCUGUGUCCACAAACUUUGUUAUAAAUAAAUAUGAAAACUCAUUUGUUACUUUAAA